UUAUAUUAUAAUGGAAGAACGAUUCAAUGAAAUAGUAUAACCUCCAAAAAAGGAGAAUAAAAAAAAACCAUUUGGAACUGAUUAACGUUUUAAAGCAUAAUAAAUAUUGCGUCCAUCUCCUGCUUCUUAUACAAUACCAACUGUAUUUGAAAUGGAAAAAUAUAAAAAGAAAGGGAAAUCAAUAUCAGUUUUUAAAGAAAAAGCAUUGAUUAAUGAUGUUCCAGGUCCUGGGAAUUAUAAGGAUAUGGAAGGUUUAGGAGGACCUUUAUUCUCAAUAGGAAUGAAAUUGGGUCCAUAAAAGAAAAAUAAUUUUCCAGGUCCAAAUCAUUAUGACCAAUAAAUAAAAUAAUGUUUAACAAAGUAUAAAAAUUUUGGAAAUACAAUAAUUUAAUGA